GAUCGAGUAUUUUGAUUAUUUGUUGCUUUGAACAUGACGUCUGACAAGUGAAACUCUAACCUCCUCUGGUUUCUGUAUUUACAUUGAUUUACAUAUAGCAUUUUUAGCGAGACUCGUUUUGUGACAGUAGCUAUCAUGGACAAUGAUGCUGCUGCUUUGCAAAAUUUGGAACACCUUAUGACAGAGUUUUUUUCUGCAGAGACAAGUAAUGAAAGAAAACGGAUGAUUGAACAAAGUUUUCAGGAGUUUGCUGGACAAAUUGAUUCUUGGCGGCCUUGUUUGCAUUUUUUAUCUUCUACUAACAAUCAUUAUGUUAGUAUGUUUGCUCUGUCCACCUUGGAGACAACAAUUGGCAGAAGGUGGCCAAUUCUUCCAUGGGAGGAUAGAGCUCUUACAAGAUCAACCUUAUAUACAUUAUCAUUAGAAAGAGGUGUAGCUCCUUUUGUAAGAAACAAAGUAGUCAAACUAGUUGUAGAUAUUGCUAGGCAUGACUGGCCACAUUUUUAUCCAGAUUUUUAUUCAAAUAUUUUACAGCUAUUAAGUCACAAACAUACAAGACUGUUGGGUCUCAUCUACUUAAGAACAGCUUCAGAGGAACUAGCAACUCCAAGAGAAGAUUUACCAAUGCAAAGAAAGAAUGAAUUGUUCAGGUUUCUCAGUGCUCAAGUACCUCUGACUUUGGAUACUCUUGCAAUACUUUUAAAAGAGACAACCAAAUUACAAAGCCGCUCUGGAACAGUCACACCACCCCCAUCGCCAACCAGCGGUCAAACUGUAGCACCUGCACGAGCUAUUUUGGAUGUGGAAGGAUUAGCAAUAGGAACCAGCGAGGUGUGUAUAGCGACGCUGGAUGUAUUAGCACACUUGUUUAGCUGGAUUGAAUUAUCGGAACAUAUUUCAACAAACUUACUGAACGCCAUAUUUACCUGUGCCAGGUAUCACGAUGCAAUGAAUGGGAAGCAGAUAGAAAUGGCUGUACAAGCUGUGACCACGAUAAAUGAACUUUUAUAUCGGCCAUUGUGUUCUCCCGAUGUUACCGAUAGGUUAUUGGUAGAAAUAUUUCAGAAUGGAAUUACGUUAUUUCAAUUUAUGGAACGUUUGGAUUCAAUAGACGAUAGUUAUAUGGAGAAAUUAACAGAGUUCUUACAAUUAUUUGUAACGAAUCACCUGAAGAGAGUUGAGUCAUGUCCUAAAUUUCCAGUGAAUACGUUAUUGGAAGUUUUGUGUCAUCACACUUUUCAACAAUGCUCAACGGCGAACGGAUAUCUAAGAUGCUUAGACGUGUGGACCACUCUUUUAGAAAGCACGCAAGCUCAGUAUGCGCCGGUAGCGUUAGCUCUUGCCGAGAGAGUACUGCAGAAGAUGAGUUUCAAACUUAAUACGCGGGCACUGAAAGAUCUUGACACAGAAAGUUUAGACGAAAAUGAAGAAACUGAAUGGCAACAUUUCCUAAGAUGUAAUAUAGAAUGUUUAGCGAAGGUCGCAGAUAUUUCUCCUAUGCCAGUUUUCACAUUACUGUAUCGGUCUUGGAGAGAAGGACUAAUAAUAUUUGGAGAAUUAGGUGCUGCUAUUGCUAAUAAUCAAGUAAUUUUGUUAAACGAAUCGGAGGCUUCCAAUAUACAUGCACAUUUGCGAGAUUUAGCUUCGACAACCCAAGCGUUAGCUAGGCUAUAUUCACUUUUUCUCGGAGAUGAACAAAGUAUCGAUCAAUCGCUAGCUGAGGAGGUAGUAUCUCAAACAUUAGAUGCAUGUAAAUUUGCAAAUAUUAACCACUUAUACAAAGCAUCGCUACAACCAGCUGCAAUCGUAAUAGAUCUCAUAGAAGUACAUUCACAGUUAUUAGCAUCACUUCAAGCUUGGUGUCAUUGGAUAGCCAACAGACCAGAGAAAGUUAAAGAAUCGCUUUGUCAACGCUGCAUCGAUUCGUGUAUUUUGGCAUUAGAUUAUGCAAUAUUCUGUGAUGAUCCGCCGCCAGCCAGUCUAACCCAUUCUGCCACGCAUUUGUUUCAAAGCAUUACCGCUAUUUUGAAACCAAUUUUGUGGGAUGAACCUACAUUUAGAAAUUCAAUUUCUAUGAUAUUGUACCCAUAUAUGAAACCCGAUACGAUAAAGGUGUUGCGCAGGGCAUUAGUAAACGCAAUUAUUUUACCGCACGGCGAUGGAAUUAUCCGAGAAAGACUAUUAGGUACCAUGGUAUCAACGUUAUCUACGUCUUUGGGUUCGGAGGGACAACCUGUGCCUUCAGAAGCCACAAUUUCAAUGACGGUAGUGCCAUUAACUCAGUUACUAGAAGACUGUUCUUCGUCGUCCACGACGAUAAAGAGAAUGUUGCAUUCGUGUUUGGGAUCAACGAUAAAUCGAAUAUUAGAAUUGUUGCCAUACAUGAUAAGGUGUCAAACUGUAUGUGAAAUUUUGCUGAGUUUUUUGCAUUCGGUAUUUUCAGUAUUACAGCAGCAAUUAGGGCCCGAGUUUACUCAGAAUGCAGUUCAAGGAAUGUUGCAUAUUUAUACUAAGGAAAAUAUCUCCGCGGGACCUGCGUUAGAUCAAUUGUUAGAAAUUUUAGUAUUGGUCGUGUCGGCGCCUAGUAGUGCAUUUAAAGCAUUUGUCCCUUCAGUGACCAAUUUAUGCUUAGGUCAAGUGUGGCCAGCUAUCGGAAAUAAUCUUAGCGUGCAUCCAGAUACGACGCUUGUUUUAUUAAAACUUUUCCAUAGUAUUCUUAUGCAUCGAUGGCAAUACUUUUACAAUACCUCUGUAUUACGCACCCUCGGUCAUACCGAUGAAGAAGAAUCGGUUGAGCACAAGGAAGAAUUGGUCGCAAUUUUAGAAGCUUUUGGUCAGGCUCUUCUUCAGCCAGAUGUAAAUAUAUUCCGACAAAGUUUGCAGAGCCUUGAACAAUUGAACGUACGAUGGCGACUUUAUCAACGAUCGGUGUUCAAGGUUCAUUUACUCGAGAGAUUUUUAAUGGCAUUAUUCACUGUUCUUUUUCAACAGUCCCAUAAUUUAUUAGCAGAUGAAAUUGCAACAGCUGUUCAUAGUUUAGCUUCUGUUAAUAUAGCAUGGUUUUUUGGACAUUUUCUGCCGACGUUUUUGGCAAGUUGCGAAGGAGUAGACGACAUGCAAAAAGCCACGCUGUUAGGAAACUUCGAUAAAUCUACGGAUCAACCAACUCUAACGAGAUCGGUGCUUCAACUUAUCUCCGAUUUACGAUGCUAUCAAUUUUGUCGACCUGGCUGAAAUAAAAAUAAUCUAACGAAAAGGUUGGAUUACGUUGACACUGGUUGAUACAAUUUCAACAUUGAAAUUUAAAGGAACUAGCAUUUACGAAGAAUCUCCAUUUUCUGUGCCUCGAGAUGACUACCAAAAUUUCUAACUGUAAAAUGGCAAAGGACGAAAUGUUUUCUAAAUCUAUCGAUGUGUGUAAAUCACUGCCGUAUAUUGUGAUGUUGUGAACGUUAUCGUUACGGAAUAAAACGCGUUUUAUAAAUAUUUUUAUGUGAC